GUUGCCCUCUGUCUUUUACUUUUACGACCAUGGUGAUGGAUGUAGAGGAACUUCCUGCCAAUACCAUUGGUGUGAUGGUCCACAAGCAGUAUGUGGAUCGGGUCAAAAAUUAUCUGUUGCUACCCGCAGACUACAAGAUUCCAUGGCAAGUGCUAGAGCAUACCACGGCAUGUACCCCUGCCACCAAGAAACCCAAGACCGAACCUCCGAAUACACCAUGUACCAUUAGUAGUCAGGAUGCCAUUAAUAAAAAUGCCAUUCUCUUAGAUACCACCGAGACGGAAGGAAUGAGUCAUGAUCGACAAGGACAUCAAAUCUUGUGUUGCAAAGACACCGUCAGACCCAUCCAUCUCAUAUCACCACUGGCAAGACAGAACAUGGCGUGGGCUGUCAAGUUGUCGCACCAGGGCAGAAGUACUACAGGUACUGCGAACAUCACCCAAAGCAUGGUCGAGACUCUGCCAGACAUGCCUCUGGUUGGUAACUCGCUCAAGCAGGCGCUCCGGGUCGAUAUCUAUCCCAAGAGCUUUACGGAAGAAAUUUGUCUGGGAUUGCAAAGGGCUUGUCAUGCCCAAUUAUUAACUACAGAUACAGAUCAUCCCGUCCCAGACAGUCCAUUUGACGGUCCCGUGGCCAUGACGCGAUCGGCAUCCAAAUGCUCUCAUCGGCUGGCAAUAAUCAUCAUCCAUCAGAUAAAUGGUGAUAACAACGGUAGCACCACGACAACAACUCACGACGUCUACUGGGGAUGGAUGGAUCGAACACAACAAGACCACGCAUCGAUUAUGGAUAUCAAACUCAAUGAAUUUGCCAGGCAUGAACUACUCCAUGUGGCACCGGAUCACGUCACGGGCAAGGAAGUUCAGGGACGAACCGUGCCGGUGGAAACUCCCUUGUCUCGUGCAUACUACAAACUCGAUCAAGUUUGGAACCAAGUAUUAUUAUCACAACAACAAGAUACCCUGUCAAAGAUUAAGCAAGCAUCUGCUGUGGAUUUUGGGUCGGCACCGGGAGGAUGGACCCAAGUAUUGGCAUUCCAGGACUUGUUUCGAACCGUUUGUUCGGUCGACAAGGGUAAGGUGGCGGACCGCAUUUCGCAGCACCCCAAGGUCCAAUACAUUCCAAGUCUGGUGGAAGAUUGCCAAGCCUUGGUGGAAUCACAGGGGCCCUUUGGAAUGGUGGUAUGCGAUGCUUCCUUGCUCUGGAAUGAGGCACUGGACCUCUUUGAAAAGGUCAUUGUCCGCAAGUCAUCGUCAUCGGAAAGCGACAAUCUGACGGCCCCAAAAUUCACGCUGCCGUGCAUCUUUGUGAUUACCCUCAAACUUCCAUUCCAGACACUACAAAGCAUUCGACGACAUAUUGAUAUGAUACAUCAGCGAUUGCCGGAAUGUCUUGCCAGCAUGGCAGCCACCAUGUAUGACUGCAGCAAUCCACCAAUUCAAUCACGACACUAUCUUCUUCACCUCAUGGCCAACUCCACGUCCGAACGAACCUUGAUUGUUGUAUUCGAGGAGAAACCCGGUGGUACCGCCUAAUGAUGCACACUACACUGCAUUACUCCAUUACAGCAGCGGCUACAACAGCCAAAAACGACUGCCCAAUUCAUUCAACGCCGAUGGUUCCCCGACCUCUCUUCUUCCACUUCUUCAUGACAGCACACAAUCAAGCUGCAGUCGACUUUGAAGUUGAUUGUGGGACGUUUCAGGGCUCACAACGACCGGGGUAUCUGGCCGGUCACGUAGUUUCCAUCCAGCCCCAAAUUAUGGAGUCCCGUCAGGGCGCCCCAUGCUUCCGGAAUGGCGCCACUCAUGUCAUUUUGAUCCAGUCUCAGCCGACUCAUCUGCAGCAGCAGACCCAUUUCGGAUGGGAGACUCCCCGUGAGACCGUUGGCCUGGGAACUCCAGGUUAGGAGGUUGGUCAACAAUCCAAUCGUUGUGGGAAGGUUUCCAGUAAUGACAUUGUCAUCCAACAACACGACUUCCAGAUUUGACAGGAGACCCAAGUGGCUCGUUAAUGUCCCUUGUAGGUUGUUGGAUUCCAUCGACAAGCUCGUCAAGGCGGACAGACCAAAUAGUUCGGAUGGAAGAGAACCACUCAGCCUGUUUUGAGCC